GCUAUCCGGUCUGUGCCAAUUACCAUCCGUGUUGUUGCAAUCCAGAUCAGCAUGAACAGAUUAUUACUGAGAGGUCCCUGGGCUAGGGGAAUACUUCGUGCAUCCCCCAUCUCUCGGGCCACACCAUGCCGCGCAUUCCCUCCGGUGAAUCGGCAUCUGUCGAGGGAAAGGAAGGCUCUGCAGUGAACCCAACCUCGGAUACAUCAUCUCACAUUCCGUGGUAUCUGCAAGAAGAAUCCACUGCUGCUGACGCUCCGCAAACCUCUUCGCGCGAUAAUAUUCCUGAGCUACCAGACAACCCGCCCGCUAUCCUCCCGGCGCUCGUCGAUUAUGUGUUCAAAGAUAUUGGUCUGGACGAACUGAAGAUAAUUGACUCACGAGGCCUGGAAACGCCGCCGGCCCUCGGCGCAAAUGUCAUCAUGAUCAUUGGCACUGCUCGUAGCGUCAAGCAUCUCAAUGUUUCCGCAGACCGUCUCUGUCGCUGGCUGAGAAGCACGUACAAAUUAACACCUUACGCGGAUGGCUUGCUUGGUCGAAACGAGCUGAAGAUUAAGCUCCGGCGGAAAGCCCGUCGAGCCCGGCUUACCAGUAGGUCCGGCAGGAUUUUUGAUGAGAAGGACGACGGAAUCACGACAGGCUGGAUCUGUGUCAAUGCAGGUGUGGUUGAGAAAGCCCCAGUGGACUCGGAGGUUGAUUAUCAAUUCGAAGGAUUUGGUCAUACUGCAGCGGGAACCAGGGUGGUUGUGCAGAUCUUCACUGAAGAAAAGAGAGAGGAAGUCGAUCUCGAGAGCCUUUGGCAGAGAGCAUUGGACCGUGCCGAACUGGCGAAGCAGAAAUAUCCCGAGGUCGACUCAGCCGCACCUUCGCGAGAGGUUCGUCCAUCCAAUUCGAUAAACAUUUCACAUUCUGACCGCGACACCGGACAUGUCUUCAGGUUUCCAACGAGUCCGACAUUCGAACAGAGAAGACAAUUCCACAGUAACCCCCGUCUCAUCAACCCGAUGGCCGAACAUGAUGUCACGCCGGCUGAAUCGUCCUCCCUGUCCAAAGGCCUUGAUCAUCCCAACAGUGGGGUCAAAACAAACUCGGAAGCCUAUAAGCUCUUUGACUAUUUGUCUGACUUAACAGACGAACAGGCUAGGAUCGAGCUAGGCCAUGGUCCAGAGGAUCGCGAGUCGACAGACUUUUUGAUGAUGUAUUAUUGUUUGUCCGGACGUUCUACAGAGGAUCAAGUGGUGGCUCGAAUUAAUCUCAUGUGCCAUGCUGUUUCCCGACAACACCCUGCAUACACAAAGGACAGUUUAUAUGCAGCUUUCGUGGAAUGUACAUCCGCAUUUUCAGUCCCUGAUGAUCUAGGAUUCUCAGUUGUUUCAGCGUUGCUCACCCCUCGCCUAGCAGGGAGCGAGACUGACAUGUAUGCGGGAAAGGUUGCGGACUCGGACAAGGAAUUGGCCAUUCGUGUAUUGGACCAUCUUUCCCUUAGAGGUACCGAUGUUUUGAACAUGCGAGUAUGGAGUAUGAUUUUCAGAUCAUCUCUUGAUCCACCACUCAGCACUGUUACCGGUGAAUCAAGUCCCGCAGGGCCCGAGAAGAUCAGUGCGGCCUCACGCGUGUCUCGCAUAAUCCAAACUCUUAAUAUUCCGUUUCAUUCCGAAUACGCCCGACAUUUAAUGGUUACACACUUUGAACAUGGGGACUAUGAUCAAUUCUGGAAGCUGUGGCGCAAGCUUCCUCUCGAUGGGAGCUCGCGUACCGCAGCGGACUACGAGACGCUAUUCCGGUUGCAUGUCGUACUAGGGGAUGAAACUCGUGCCCGGGAAUGUGUAUCGCCUUCGAUACCUCUCGAUGGCCAGCUUCUGCAGAGCGUCCGGGAUUGCUUGUGCAUCGCCGAUCCCGGCAUCAUCGAAAAGGCAGCGGAAGGCUCGAAAGGCAGGCUGGUCCAAUUCUGGCAUGAAUGCCAAAAUAACCGCCGCGCCGCAACCGCCUUUCCUCCGCAUCUCUCUAUCUCCAUCCUCCAUCUCUCCAUCCCUCCACCCCAAUUGCCUCCCCCCGGGGACGAUGACUGCCACCUGGUCACCAUCAUGGAGUAUCUACCGAGUCUACAGCAGGAAUUCGACGAGCUGAAGCCGUCACUCUUCGAGCUCCUCGCAGAACAACAGCUCUCAGACCUCCUCCCUCCCUCCAUCCGCUACCUCCUCGCCGUCGCGACGCACCGCCACCCACGCUACCUCCUCCGGAUCCUCAACUCCUACGACGAACUCUACGCGCUCGUCUCCCUCCUCGUCGAACGCUACUACCUGCGCACCUUCGGCGGCUCCUUCACGGAGAACUUCUACUCCCUUAAACGCGAACGAGUCCUCCUCACCAAGAAUGGCGAGAUCCCCCGCGCCCAACUCGGCGCUCCAGGCCCGGUCCGCGAAACACUGAAACUCCGCACCCCAGACGUGUGGAAGAACCUCCUCGUCCUCGUCGGCGUCCCGUACCUGAAACGCAAACUUGACGAAGGCUACGACAUCCACGCCGCGCCCCACGCCUCUCUCAUCUCCAGCAGCGGCGGACCCCGUUACAACCCCGGCGACGAGCUCCCCCCAAACCCCUCCCCCCGUCAGCGUCUCCUCCACUACUACAAAUGGUUCUUGCGGAACGUAUACCCCUCCAUCAACGCAGCAUACUACUUCUCCAUCAUCGCCUUCAACCUCGCCUACCUCUUCGAUAACACCAAAUACUCCUCCCCGUUCCUCUGGCUCAUCGGCACGCGUAUCCGCCGUCUCAGCUCCGCGGACCACCGCGCAAUCGCCAAAAUCAUCGACCCCAAACCUCCUGCCCCAGGUCCCGCUGGCGCCAGCGCUCGCUCCCGCCCCGGCUCAAACCUCCUCGGCCUCCUCAGCCCUCAGAAUAUCUACCCCCACAUCGCCACCUCCCUCCGCUACUUCCUCCCCGCGUCCAUCUUCGCCCUCAAAUUCCUCGAAUGGUGGCACGCAAGCGACUUCUCGCGCCAACUCGCGCGAAAAGCCACCGAGGUCCUCGACCUCCCCGCCCCCGUUGCGUCGGGAAUGACUGAUCCCUCUGCGCGCAGAAAAGCCACCACCACAACUACCCCCACUGAUUCACCAUCCGCAGAGACGAAACCCAAAUCCGCGCUCAAAGGAAAAGGAAAGGGCAAAGCGACGGGUAACGAAAGUGGUAGUGGCAAUGGACGCAUCCGGCCUCCCAUCUCAGCAACAUCCUACCUCCCCAUCUUCACGGUUCCGCUUCCGCCCCCGGACUCGGACGUCGCGGCGUCGUGUCCGGUUUGCUUGAAUGGAUUGACCAAUCCGACCGCCUGUCAGACGGGCUACGUGUAUUGCUACGUGUGUAUCUUCCAUUGGUUGAAUGGGGAGCAUCAGCGACAGUUGGAUUUCAUGGAUGGGGAGGGCGCGGGCGCGGCGUGGGAGGAUUACGAUGAGGGGCUGGAGGGUGAGAAUGAGGAUGAGGGUGAAAGGGGAAGGGAGGCUGGGGCUGAGGGGGAACAGAAGAAAUCACGGAGUAGACGGGGAAAGUGGGAGAGUGGGAAGGGGAGGUGUCCGGUUACCGGGAGGAGGGUGUUAGGGGGAACGGAAGGGUUGAGGCGGGUUUUGGUCUAG